UCAUCGUCUGAGCUGCUGGCAUAAUACUAGUGCGUGUACUUAUGUCAGUACUAUAUUGACAUAAACAGCGGCUGUUCUUGACCAAGCAUAUGUAAAGCAAUUCUGCGUGAAUAUACGCAAAGAAAGCUCUAGUGAUGGGGAAGUCACACUCUCACUUGUGGAAGGGGAAAGAAGACUAUGACAGUCAGAGUGACCUGACGACUGGUCCAGAGUACAUAGAUACAAAGAGUGAAGAGGAUGGAAAGAAUGGAGAUGUGUCUCAGUUCCCCUAUGUGGAAUUUACUGGCAGAGACAGUGUCACAUGCCCCACAUGCCAGGGCACUGGCAGAAUACCACGGGGUCAAGAGAACCAGCUUGUGGCUCUGAUUCCAUACAGUGACCAGAGGCUCCAACCAAGGAGAACAAAGCUGUAUGUCACUGUGUCCGUGUCUCUUUGCCUUCUGCUGUCUGGCCUGGCCGUGUUUUUCCUGUUCCCUCGUUCUAUCGACGUCUCCUAUGUGGGGGUGAAGUCUUCCUUCGUCUCCUAUGACCAGGACAAACGGAUUGUCUAUCUCAAUAUCACGAACACUCUGAACAUCACCAAUAACAACUACUACGCUGUAUCCCUGACCAACAUCACAGCCCAAGUGCAGUUCUCUAAGACGGUGAUUGGGAAGGCCCGUAUUAGCAAUGUGACGACCAUCAUACCACUGGAUAAGCAGCAGAUUGACUACACGGUUCCCACAGUCAUUGCUGAUGAGAUGAGUUAUAUGUUCGACUAUUGCACCCUGCAGUCCAUAAAGGUUCACAACAUUGUGGUCAUGAUGCAAGUGACUGUGACCACGUCCUACUUUGGGCACUCAGAACAGGUCUCCCAGGAGAUUUACCAGUAUGUGGACUGUGGGGGCAACACCACCUCACUGCAUGGACAUGUGAAGGUGUAUCAGUAAGGCAGUAAAAACACAGCCAUAAUGGAAGCCCAUCUAUCUAAAGGUAGACUAAAGGGUUUAACGAAGUUCCUUUGGGCACACGUCUACUGUAGAAUAGGAGGAACCAUGUCUCAGAGAAAGUGACGUUUACAAGGUGCCAAUGUACAGUUUCAUGAGAGUUUGAUGAUGUUGCAGGUAGAAAAUCUCUUGUGCAAAUUCUUCCUAAUAGAAUGAUCCAAUCCAAUGUGUACAGGCAUUUGAGAUGAAGAUGCACUUUAGCUUUGUAUGGGAAACGCAAUCAUAAGAAAGUAUUUAUACGGCUGAGUUGUUGAUGUAAUGUAACCUGUACCACUAACCUUCCCAGACCACUAGGUAUGGGACAUGCAAUAGAAAAUAAAGUAGUCUGACAGAAUCAUCGUUUUGAUUAUCACCACCACUAAUCACCCCAAACCACUUUUGGAUGGCCUUUUCCCCCAUUAUUUUUUUACCAGCCAUUUUGUUUUCUUCAAGGAUGUAUUGUUUUAUACAUAAUAGUACUUCCUGAUGUGUGUUGUUACUCUUACAUUUUAAUUCUAAUGAUAGUUAGAUUUAGAUCUAAUUCUGAGGUGACAUAUCAUGUAGGGGUGAAGUCAGCGUAAUUAAAGAUGACUACUGGACCUGGUAGUUUAUUUUAACGGUAAUACGAUUGCAACAUUUAGGUAUCUAAUGGGAGGAAUCUCGUAUUUUUAUAUCAUUCAAAUACAGUACCUAUAAUUAUUAGAUGUGUUGUUUAGGAUGUGAAUUACUCUUUAAUUGUAAACCUCUGAAUUGUUUGUUUUAAAGGGAAUGUUGCGUGGUAGUAGACGACUACCUAUUUCGAAAUAUGAUAUUACAUAAAAACCCUCAAUGGUGUUGUAAAACUAGGUUUUUAUUUUAUCUUUGGAAAUCGAUUUUAAGAGGUCAUUUUAUGUCUUAAUUUUUUAUUUGCUGCCCUUUGCCCCUUUCAAUUCGUCAUUGUUGAUCACUGAAACUUGCAAGUAAGUUGUUCUUUUCGAGUUUGGGUUUCUUUCUGAGAUGAUUAAAUGUCAGGAUACAGUAAGUAUCCAUUUGUUAUAUUCCUUAAACAUUUGUUAUAGCUUUUCAAGUCUAUUGUGCAUGUACAGAAGACUGAACUGAGGACAAUAAAAAUGCCCAAGAUAAAAUAUCAGAUGCGUACAUUGUUUAAAGUUUGAUCUGAUAUACUCUAUGGAGGAACUGCUCUGUGGAGGAACAAUCACACCAAUAUACUGUUGGAUAUUUCAAAGUGCCAUAUUAUGUCCCAAAUCAACCAAGAAGAAAACUUUAAUCAGCUUAAAGUCAGUUCUGAAUCCUCACUGAGGUGUGUUUACUGUGUACAUGUGGAUACUGUCCAUGUAAGCCACUGCCAAUCAUACAGUACAUGGAACAAUGUUUUUUCCUUGCAUGAAACUGGGAAUAAAAGUGUGGUUGAAUUUGGAA